UAAGUAAUUUUAGAACCAAUACUGGCCAUCAGAGACGGGAUGAAAAAACUGGACACUGCACAGCUUGAUAAUCGAAAAUUUUGGGAUUUAUAUAGCUGUUAGGAAGUGUAGGGUAUAUCUCAGAUUAAAUCGGGCGCAAAAGAAAUCACAUUUUCUUCGGCUGAGAAUAAAUGGACUUUGACGUCUGAUGUGAAUAUGUUGAGCUGAUCUUUCCGUCGGAAACAACUAAUAUCAUGUUACUUUGGAGAUAUAAAAAUAGUUUGCUAUGUCUUAGGACUUUCAUAAGGCACACUGCAGUGGCCGGGGUCUAUGGAGGUCAGACAGAAUCCCAGUCCAAGCCCUACACUCCCAGGAGGGCCGUCAUGUACGUUCCCGGGAAUGAUCAGAAAAAAAUUCAGAAGGUUACCUCCCUUGACCUAGACUGCGCGGUUCUGGACUGUGAAGAUGGUGUGGCAGCUAACAAAAAAGAAGAAGCCCGCUCCACAAUAAGACGUGCACUGGACGAGUGUGACUUUGGUCUCACUGAGUGUGUUGUAAGAGUGAACUCGGUCACGAGUGGACUCAUGGAGGAUGAUCUCGGGGAGGUGCUUGGGGCGAAGAGAAUGCCAGACACUCUGAUGCUGCCUAAAGUCGAGCGGCCACAGGACAUUGACAUGUUUACUAAACGGUUGAAAGAAGUAUUGCAAGGGAGACAACUGGAGACCCGUCCUUUCCUCAUAACUUACGUGGAGAGUGCGAUGGGUUUGAUGAACCUAAGGGACGUAUUUAAAAAGACGAUUGAUCUACAGCUCAAGGAACAGUUGUAUGUCCUGGAUGGAGUAGUGUUCGGAUCGGACGACUUCUGUGCAGAAAUAGGGGCAACCAGAACUGCAGAUGCAAAGGAAUUAUUGUAUGCCAGACAGAAAAUUGUAACGUGUGCCAAAGCCUUCAAACUGCAGGCUAUAGACAUGGUGCAUAUUGAUCUAAAAGAUUUGGAGGGUAUAGAGAGGCAGUCCUUGGAGGGGGCAAGGAUGGGGUUCACGGGGAAACAGGUCAUCCAUCCCUCACAUGUCCCCAUUGUCCAGAGAGCCUUCUCCCCCACCCAGGAACAGGUGGCGUGGGCCGCAGAGUUAGUGGAGGCAUUCAGUAAACACACCGAGUCAGGAAAGGGAGCCUUCACAUUCCAUGGAAAGAUGAUAGACAUGCCAUCAGUGUUACAAGCUAAAAACAUUCUGCAAUUGUCUGCCAAUAUCGGUCCAACGCAAGGCUGAAUCUUGAUUGAUUGAUGUAUUUUGUGACUUUUGGUGAACCUUGUGUUAGAGUCGUCAUUGAGAUAUCCAACAAUGGGACUGUUUAAUGGAAUUUUAAUAAUUAUUCAAUGAUUAUAUUAAAAAUUACAGACUUUUAUUAUUGAUGAUUCACAUCUGAAUGAGAUACGUAUACAUGUAUCAAUUAUUAAUAUUGUGUGUAAUGCACAUCCUAAAGAAGUUUAUGCACUGUAUGCAUAUUGCUACAUGUAACAUGAUAUUAUAGGCUUGACUGAAAGAACAAAUUGAUUGACAUUUGUUUGUUAAAUUCAAAUACCGGUAAGCAUUAUUUACCUAUAUGCGCAUGGGGAAUAUAAACAAUAUAAGAUAUUAGCCAAAUAUUUUAGGCUAUUUGUAUCAAGGUGCAUUUUUGACAUAAUAUUUUUAGAUAUGUUCUUUGAUAAUUCGCUUUACAUUGUACAAUGCUUGUAUUGGUUGUUUGAGCUUCGCCUAUUUCUGUUUUGAAUUUCUUGAUAGAUAUUUGAAUUGAUAUUAAAAUACAUUGCUAAAAACAUGUCUUAUCACUCUAAUGUUAAACAUGUAUUUUAAACAUAUUCCUUAAAAAAAAUUGUGACUUAAUUAAUAUGGUAUAUGAAAUGAAUAUGAAAGGAGAAAUGUGCAUCCAUUGUGUUAAAGUUAUACAUGUAUGUAUUUGAUGAAGCUUGAAAAAAUCUAAAUAUUUCAAGGCUUUACUCUUAUAUGUCACUUGCACUUUCUCUGUUCCUAGUCUGAAGU